AUGGACAACUCUCUUGCUUCAUACAUUUCAGAAUUGGGGGAUGAUGAAAAUGUGGAGGAGGAGGAGAUGGAACCAGAGGAAACUCACUGCAAUCUUUAUUUUAAGUCCAUGGAAACUGAUGAGCUGGCAGAUUCAAACACGAGUUGCCAAAAACCUGAGGCCAAAGGCUGUGGUCUGAAGCAGGAUUUAGGACUGGCCUCCCAUUCAACAACCCCUGAGCUCCUACAGGAUCCUGACCACAACCCUAAUGUAGAGCUCCAGGACUAA